AUGUCAUUGUAUAAACGAAAUGGGACUGACAUUGUCGUAUGUCCAAUCGGACGUGCUCGCAGGUCCGUCAACUUCAACAAGGAGACCGGUGACUGUUACAUGAACGACGUGGACCGGUUCACCGUUUCCGGGCGCCCACCGAUCAGCAAUCGAUCGGCCGACGUCGUGGACUACAUGGAGUCGAACUGCGUGGUCGAGCAACCAAAAAUGUGUGACUUUGUGGAAGUCGGUGGCAAGCUUUUGAGGACUGUGGACGCCAUCUACGAGAACGUAGCCACCGCAGACCGGUGCAAGGAGAUAUGCCUGGCGUCUAAGGAGUUCCAGUGCCGUUCAUUCGACUACAACGAGACGGGUGUGAACGUGUGCCGCGUCUCACACCACAGCACGUCCAGCCUGUCACAGCAGCAGCUGGACCAUCGCCCUUACCUGACGGUAGCCGGCGCCACCACUUACCAGAUGUCGUCGUGCUUCAGCGUGAAGAUCGACUGCCGUGGCGCGGACAUGGUCGCGUCUGUGCAUACUAACCGGCUGUUCGAUGGCAAGGUAUAUGCCAAGAAUCGGCCGAGUUCUUGCGUCAACGACGUGAAGAGCACCCUGGACUUCGACCUCCGGUUGGACUACCACAGCCCAAACUGCGACGUACGGCAGGAUCAACCAGGAAAGUUUUUCACCGAAAUUAUUAUACAGCACCACGACCAGAUCGUCACGGGCCAGGACAUCGGACUUUCUGUGCGGUGUUCGUAUGACCUCCAGAACCGGAGCGUGGGCCAGGGCAUCGAGUUGGCGAUGGCGCCUGCCACAGAAUCCGAUGACGACGGGGCCGAGUUGGACUCGCCCGACAAAAACGGCGGCGGUGGAGGUGGAGUCGGAGGCAAUGGUGUGGAAGAGACGGCGUUCGUCAUUUCACCCACGGUGAUGAUGAGGAUCACAAACAGGGCGGGCGGUGACAUACACGCCGCGCAGGUGGGUGACCCACUCAGUCUCCGGUUCCACAUACUCGACGACCGUUCGCCGUACGAGAUAUUCGUCCGGGAACUGAUUGCCUUGGACGGCGUGGACACCAGCGAGAUACUGCUCAUCGACGGCGACGGUUGUCCCACGGACCCAGCCAUCAUGGGUCCGAUAUCGGCUGUGGAUACAGGCGGCGGAGGCACCGUCAAGAUACUGGAGGCGCCAUUUGACGCGUUCAAGUUCCCCACGUCUGACAUCGUCCAGUUCAAGGCACUGGUCACACCCUGUUUGCCAAAGUGCGAGCCCAUCAACUGCAACGUGGUUGGCCACAACGGUGCGGUCCGUCGGGCCGAUUCCUUCGGAAGGCGGCGCCGCAGACGUAGCGUUGGCGGUGGCAACCAAACCGACGAAGUGGUAUUCCAGGAGAUCCGCAUCGAAGACAAGUUCAAAUUCGAAGCCCAACGGGGUGAGCCUGGCCACGAGAUCAACUUCUCCGGCAGCAGCGGCACCUCCACCUCCACCAGCACAACAGGCGACCAGAACACCUUAUACUGGAACACGUACGCGUUCGCACUGAUGCUGGUCGCGUUCAUCGUGCUCCAGCUGUUUGUCAUAUUCACGUGCUGGCUGUGCGCCACGUACAGAUCGCGGGGCAACCGCGAGGCCGCCUCUAUAUACGAAUCGGCCGUCAGCGAGUACGCCUCCACCGUCCGGACACCGAUAUCCUGGGACAACAGUUAUUAUAAAUGAUUUUCGGCCGUCGGCGGACAUCAAUUACCGAUUAUACUAUAAUAUAUUAUAUACCUAGGUAUUGUGUAUAUCACGGAUACCUAUGACCGAAAACGUAUCCACUUAAUGUAGGUUACGUAAUAUUAUUAUAAUUUAUUGAUGUAAAUUAAAUUAAACUGCGCCCGCAGAACAAUAACUAUGUAGUAUUGGGUGGCGUGGAGCCGGGGAUAGGGUCGUAUGGGGAAGUGGUCACGAUCAACACCGCACGGAAACUGCGAAGUUCGUCGUCUUAUUAUCAUAUACUUGGUAUACUAGGCGUGGUUAUUACAUUUCGGAUUUUCUUGGUUGUUGAUCCGAUACGGAUGUACCUGCCUAGAUACUAUAUUAAAUUACCUAUUAUUAUAUUGUAAGAAUUUUUUUAAAUUGUUUUAUGGACGUGACUAACUAUAUUUAAAUACAAGUUAAUAAACAUAAGUUUAUCCUCCCUAUUUAACUUCUUUAAAUAGGUAUACCAAUAAGGACGCCACAUGUCCACAAUUGUUUGUCAAGACUACUUAGUCUAUAAACAUUAAUUCUACUUAAAAACUCAUAAAAAGACUAAAAGUUUGGCAGUGCAAUGUAUUUUUUGUUUGUCAAUUACACUAUAUCGUCUAUGCUACUAAUACAAAAUACAGAUAAUUGUUUUCAAAACC